AUGAAUAUGAAAAAUAUGAAAGUUCCCAAAGUGCCUGGUCGUGGGAUUGCCACUUUGCUUACAGUGGGAGUUGUUGGUACUCUUGGUAUAUAUGGAAUUAACAAUAGUCUCUACAAUGUCGAUGGAGGGCAUCGGGCCAUUGUGUUCAAUCGUCUUGUUGGUAUCAAAGACAAGGUUUAUCCUGAAGGGACACACCUGAUAAUCCCAUGGUUUGAGAGGCCAGUCAUCUAUGAUGUCCGUGCACGACCACAUCUAGUGGAGAGUACUUCUGGAAGCCGUGACCUUCAGAUGGUGAAAAUAGCACUUCGAGUUCUGACCCGCCCUGUGCCAGACCAGUUACCCACAGUUUAUCGAACUCUUGGGGAGAAUUAUAAUGAGAGGGUCCUGCCUUCAAUUAUCCAUGAAACUUUGAAAGCUGUUGUUGCACAGUAUAAUGCCAGUCAACUCAUUACUCAGAGAGAGGCUGUUAGUAGGGAAAUAAGGAAAAUUUUGACAGAGAGGGCAGCAUAUUUCAAUAUCGCAAUGGAUGAUGUGUCGAUUACUAGCCUGACUUUUGGAAAGGAGUUUAUGAUUGCAAUUGAAGCCAAACAGGUGGCUGCACAAGAAGCUGAGAGGGCUAAGUUUGUUGUGGAUAAAGCUGAACAAGACAAGAAAAGUGCUGUUAUCAGAGCAGAGGGUGAAGCCACAAGUGCCAAGCUCAUUGGUGAAGCCAUUGCCAACAAUCCGGCAUUUAUCACUCUCAGGAAGAUUGAGGCUGCAAGAGAAAUUGCGCAAGUUAUCUCCAAUUCAUCAAACAAGGUUUUCUUGAACUCCGAAGAUCUUUUGUUAAACCUUCAGGAGAUGAAUCUGUAG